CUCAGGACUCUGUUCCAGGGGUGCAGGUGUGGGGUGCUAACAGCAAGGCACAUGGCUUCCUGGAGACAUCCUGGCUGCCUCAGCAGUCUCCAGGAAACUUUCAGCUGUGUCUGGGGUCACCUUUCCACAGGGGUCCCCUGCAGGGCUCUCGUCAAUUAGAAACCUUCCUGGUGCACACCCUUGUCACUUCCAAAACUCUGUAACUCCUGUGAAUUGGCACAGGGACCCCACAUCUGGCCUACAGGACCUCUGGGGCAGAGCUGAGGACCAUGCAGGUUUUCUCUGUGACCCAGUCACACACCAGCUCCUUUUGGGCUUCCCACUGGUUGUGGAUGCACUGGCAGUCCUCAUGAACACACCCUGUCACCAUUGUCCCAUGUCCAGCACCAGGGCUUGGCCAGCGCCAGUGGGGAAUCAUUUGUGGAGCAGAGCAGGGGCUUCUCAGAAUGGAGCAGCCAGACCUGCACUUGUGCCUUUUCCUCUUUCACAAAUUAAUCUUUGCUGUCAGGGGAUAAAGGCCGGGACAGAUGGCUCUGGGGAGAGCCGGGGAGGCCCGAGCCGCGAGCCAGGAGCCCGUCAGCAUGGCGGGACAGUGCGACACCAUCUACAAGGGCUUCGCCGAAUGCCUGCUGAGCCUGGGGGAGAGCAUGGCCCAGAGCGUCCGGCAGCCGCAGCAGGAGGAGGGCGGCGACGAGGCGCAGGAGCUGGACGCCAUCUGCAAGUCCUGGGAUGAUUUCCACACCUGUGCCAGCGAGGUGCUGUCGCGGUGCCCCGUGGAAGCGGCCACCGUGUGGGAGUCGCUGCGCCAGGAGUCCCGCAAGAUCCAGUUCCAAGGGAACCUGCAGGAGCUGUGCAGCGCCCGGGGCCGCCUGGCCAGCGCCCAGAGCUCGCCGGCCUCAGAGACCAACCAGGCCACGCUGCGGGGCUCGGCCGCCGCCCUGCACCCUCACCCGCUGGCCCUGCCGGCCCUGCCGGCCCUGCUGGCGCUGCUGGCGCUGCUGCUGCCCCGGCUGUAGCCCCGCUCGCCCUCGGGUGCCCAGGUGAUGCCGGCCCCGUUCCCCCGGCUGCCCGCCGGUCCCCGCCUCGCUCACCUCCCUCCCGGGCAUCCCUCGCGGGGCACGGUCACUCCUGCAGCACUUCAGAUGGAUUUAUAUUUAUAUUAAAAGACACUUUUACAUUUCUCC